AGAGUGAGAGAGAGAGAGAGAGAAUAUUCACAUCUUACUGAUUCACUGGUCGCUGAAGUUUAUUAACACUGUAUUGAGAGCCAGAAAAACAGAAAGAGAGUGAGGUGUUAAGACAAACAGGACAGACAGAAGUGGACACUGACUUAAUAGAGAGAGGGAAAGCAGGACACAGUGACCACAGCGAACCCAGAGGGCUAUAGGUACCACACAAGAGCAGAUGCAGCUGUCCGGGCUGUUGGACUGUGCCGAUGUCACUAGCUCUAUUUCUGGAACCUGUGUUGUUCUGCAGAAGAAGUUGGACAAACAGACAAAGGAAGUCCAUCAAACCAUGGAUGAUGUAUCACUCCACCAGGAGGAUUCUGGGAACGAUGGAACAGCCAACCAGAUAGAGGACAACAACAACAAUCAGACAGAGAGAGAGGCUCCAGUCCAGGAGUGUGACCCCCCGAAGAGAGAGCACCUGGCGGAGGACACAGUGGAAGGUCAUAGGGUCAAGUCAGGGGCUAAUAGGGCGAAAACUCCAGAACAGGCAACAGGGGCUAGCAUUGAAAACAUAGAGGAGUCUCAGCCUGUAACCGACGCCAAUGAGGUUAAUGGUGAAGAGACUUGUAAGGGUGAGGAAGGGCCGUGUCAUGGUGCAGACACCGGAGAAACAGAAGACCCCAAAUUGGUGAAAGGAGAGGGGGAAAGUGAGAUGGAGGUGCACAAGAAUGGAAAGGGGCAAGAGGUGGUCAAGAAUGGAGAGAUUGAGAAAAAGAAAGAGGAGCUGAAAGAGGACAAAGAGAAGGGGGGAGAAAAGAAAGAGGGGAAGGGGGGGGAAAGAGAAAAGAGAAAAGGAGAUGAAGAGAAGAGGACAGACAGAAAAAUAAAGGCAGGGAAGGGAGAGGCAAGGAAGGGAGAGGCAGGGAAGGGAGAGGCAGGGAAGGGAGAGGCAGGGAAGGGAGAGGCAGGGAAGGGAGAGGCAGGGAAGGGAGAGGCAGGGAAGGGAGAGGCAGGGAAGGGAGAGGCAGGGAAGGGAGAGGCAGGGAAGGGAGAGGCAGGGAAGGGAGAGGCAGGGAAGGGAGAGGCAGGGAAGGGAGAGGCAGGGAAGGGAGAGGCAGGGAAGGGAGAAGCAGGGAAGGGAGAAGCAGGGAAGGGAGAGGCAGGGAAGGGAGAGGCAGGGAAGGGAGAGGCAGGGAAGGUAGAAGCAGGGAAGGGAGAAGCAGGGAAGGGAGAAGCAGGGAAGGGAGAAGCAGGGAUGGGAGAGGCAGGGAAGGGAGAGGCAGGGAAGGGAGUGGCAGGGAAGGGAGUGGCAGGGAAGGGAGAGGCAGGGAAGGGAGUGGCAGGGAAGGGAGAGGCAGGGAAGGGAGAGGCAGGGAAGGGAGAGGCAGGGAAGGGAGUGGCAGGGAAGGGAGAGGCAGGGAAGGGAGUGGCAGGGAAGGGAGAGGCAGGGAAGGGAGUGGCAGGGAAGGGAGAGGCAGGGAAGGGAGUGGCAGGGAAGGGAGAGGCAGGGAAGGGAGUGGCAGGGAAAGGAGACGGAGAGGCAGUGAAGGGAGAGGAAGGGAAGGGAGAGGGAGGGAAGGCACCAGAGAACAAGAGCAAACCGGUAACAGAAAAGGAAGGGGCGGGAGGAGGAAAGGUUAAAGAGAAAAGCAAGGAGGUGGAGAAGCAAGGGAAGACCAAAAGAAAGAGUGUCUUGAAUCCCACCGCCUCUACCUCAUCCUCUGCAGCCCCCUCUGUGAUCCGACCCCGGAACUCUGCCCGCUCUGCCCGGAUGUCCAGAAAAAAUGACAUCAUAGCAAAGUUCCAGCAAAAUGCACCUGAGACACCGGUUGUCCGCAACUUCAAACUUCAGAGAUCAUCUAUGGCUGUGGCAAGUGGGGCAUCAAUCAAACAGAAAGUGCUUUCAUGGUGUGCCAACAAAACACGCAACUAUGAGGGUGUUUCCAUAGAGAACUUCUCAUCUUCAUGGUGUGAUGGGCUGGCGUUCUGUGCACUCAUCCAUCGCUUCUUCCCAGAUGCUUUUGACUUCUCAGCCCUGAACGCAUCUGAAAGAGAGAAGAACUUCACCCUGGCCUUCAACACAGCAGAGACCAUGGCUGACUGCUACCCCCUGUUGGAGGUUGGUGAUAUGCUCCUGAUGGGGAACAGACCAGAUCCUAUGUGUGUGUUCACCUAUGUCCAGGCUCUCUGUCAUCACCUCUCCAAAAUAGAGAAGGAGAAGAAGGACAAGGAAGAAAAGGAGAAGAAGGACACAGCAGAGGAAAAGAAGAGUGAAAAGAUGACCGACGGAGAGGUAGAAACCACUACAGAGAAGAAAGAGGAGGAGAGUGUGGGAGGGGAGAACAAAGGAAAAGAUGGGAAAGAGAAAGAGAGCUCAGCGGUGGAGGGAGAGAAAGACAAAAGAGAAGUUGUAGUGUUAGUUGAAGGGCAGGCUUAAGCUAACGCUAAAGAUACAUUGAAAAGACCAAAGGAGAGAGAUUCAGAAAGACUUAAGCGACAUCAUGAAGUAGAGUCUUACAGUGUUCAACGCGAUUGUGUGUGUAGCGUAUAUGAGCAUAAUUUCUUAAAGAGUGACACAUUACUACUGUGUAUUCAAAAGCUGGCUUUGUGAAGGUUUGGAAUUAUGCUCAGAUUCCAACAAUGUGUGUUAAUUGUAACCUGUUGUGAUAUUUUAAAAAUGAUUUAACAUGCUGUGUUUUGGAACUUUGCGCAGAGGAACAUUAAACGUCAAUGUGUAUUAUAA